AGAAGUUGACAGUGAUGUUUUGGAAUUGUUUUUAACAGAACCGGCAAAAUGAGAAUGAAAACAAAUAUACAACGGGAACCAAAACAUAGCGAAUUAGUGAGCUGUGUUGGUUGGACUACACCUGAAGAACUGUUCUCGGGGGCAGACGACCACCUGGUACUAAAAUGGAACCUAAACUCAAAUGAAACUACUACACUGGUCAAGUUGCCUGAUGACGUCUUCCCUACAGAUAUGCAUUGGUUUCCUAAGGCUGCAGGGGGAGGCAAAAAGGCAGUCUCUGAUCUUUUUGUUCUCACAUCAACAGAUGGAAAGUUUCACCUUGUCAAUAAAACUGGUCGAGUGGAGAAGAGUGUGGAGGCCCACAAAGGAGCUGUGCUGGCGGGCAGGUGGAGCUUUGAUGGGUCAGCCUUUGUAACAGCUGGUGAAGAUGGUGCUGUGAAGAUCUGGUCCAGAAGUGGAAUGUUGAGGUCCACACUCACACAGAACAGUAUGUCUGUAUACGGUGUAGCAUGGGGACCAGAUUCAGACUCGGUGCUGUUUACAAAUGGCAAACAGUUGGUCAUCAAGUCUAUGCAGGCCAACGCUAAACCAACCAUGUGGCGAGCACACGAAGGAGUGGUACUGGUGGUAGACUGGAACCCUGUCAACAACCUCAUCAUAUCGGGAGGAGAGGAUUGUCGCUACAAGGUUUGGGAUACAUAUGGCCGUGUGAUGUACAACAGUUUUCAGCAUGACUACCCAAUCACAUCCCUAGCAUGGACACCAGACGGAGAACUCUUCGCUGUCGGCUCCUUUAAUACACUUCGACUAUGUGAUCAGGCAGGGUGGUCGUAUUCCCUGGAGAAACCUAAUACAGGCAGUCUGUUCAAGCUUGCGUGGUCAAGUGACGGGACUCAAGUGGCGGGGGCCGGAGGGAAUGGCCAGGUCCUCAUUGCACAUGUCAUAGAGAAGCGUUUGGAGUGGAAGAACUUUGAAGCGACAGUAACAGGAGGUAAACAGAUCCAUGUGAGAAACGUGAUAAAUGAUGCAGUUGAAUCUCUGGAAUUUCGCGACAGAAUCAUCAAACUAUCACUGGAGUUUAAUCACCUUGUGGUAGCGACAUCAACACAAUGUUAUAUAUACAGUGUGAAGAACUGGAACACGCCGAUGAUUUUUGACUUAAAGGAAGGCAAUGUAUCACUCAUUCUACAGUCAGAAAAACACUUCCUACUGGUUGACAAUGCAGGCAUUUAUGUAUUCUCAUAUGACGGUCGGCUUGUGUGUUCACCUCGGUACACCGGCAUGCGGGCAGACAUCCUCAACUAUCAGACAGUCUCCAUCAGUAACGACACGAUAGCCAUCAGAGACAAGGCGAACGAAAAAGUUGUAUAUGUAUUUGAUGCUCAAAAUGGAAAACCUCUUGGAGACGGCAAACCCAUAACACAUAAGCUGGACGUGAUGGAGAUUGCACUGGACCAGUGUGGUCCAGCUACUGAGCGACGACUAGCCAUCAUAGACAAAAACCGAGAUCUUUACCUCACUCCCGUCAGGGUGUUUGGUACAGAACGAAAGAGUUACAAAUUAGGUAACAUGAUCCAGUCGUUGGCGUGGAAUGACGCUUCCAACAUGCUGUCGGCACUGGCCGAUGGAAAGUUCACCGUCUGGUAUUACCCCAACACCAUCUAUGUAGACAGGGACCUUGCCACCAAAACCAUCUUUGAGAAAGAAGCAAGUGAGUUUGGCAAGAAUCCUCAGCUACUUCAGUUUAACGGGAAUCAUGUGAUUAUCCGGCGAGCGGAGGGGUCGAUUGUGAGCACAUCCAUAUCACCUCACCCCUGUAUACUUCACUCCUACGUAUACUCUGGUCGCUGGAACGAUGCUGUGCGGCUCUGUCGGUUUGUCAAGGAUGAAGUUUUGUGGUCAUGUCUGGCCGCCAUGUCAGCUUACGCGAAGGAGCUGAACACUGCGGAGAUAGCCUACGCAGCCAUCAAAGAGGCAGAAAAAGUGCAGUUUAUUGUAAACAUCAAGGACAUCCCAGUGAAGGAGGCGAGAAACGCAGAGAUGGCAUUGUUAUGUGGAAGCCAGCAAGACGCAGAAGCCAUUCUUCUACAGGCAGGACUCAUUUUCAGGGCCAUCAUGCUCAACAUCCAGCUAUACAACUGGGAUAGGGCUUUGGAACUGGCAGUGAAACAUAAGACACAUGUAGACACAGUGCUAGGAUACAGACAGAAAUACCUCACCAGGUUUGAAAAGAAGGAAAACAACAAACGCUACCUACAAUAUAUGGAAGGGAUUGAGGUAGACUGGGAGAAAAUUGAGGCUAAGAUGGAGAUGGAAUACCAGAAGGAACGGGAACGACCAACCGUCACAUCUACAGCUGGGUCUGCUAAGCCACGACAGUCACGACAGGAAACGACAAAAUAGUGCAUAUAGAUCAGAUCAGACUAUAUACACUCAAAUUUUAUCUGAACCCUCAGUUUUCUGACAUCCUGUCCAAUCCAAUCCAGUUUCUAAAGGAAACUUCCAAACAAGACAUGUGUGUUGUGAUACUUUUUCACCAGACCAAUAUAUAUAAUAUGUCCCACAGGAUGUUAAAUUAAACGGAUUAAUCUGACCAAAAAGUUGUGUCCCUGUAGGUGUCAGAUUAGACAGUUUAAUCUGACCAAUAUAUUGUGUUCCUCUGAGUGUCCUUAUACAGGUGAAUCGGACCAAUGUGUGAUAUAUAGGGUGUCAGAUUUAUAGACAGGUUUCAUUGUAAAUUAUUGUUACAGAGUAUGUUGUUUAAAUCUUAAUAAUCUGUUAAAAUUGUGAAAGAGGAAAAGCAGUUACAGUUUAUGCCUGUUUUGAGAUCUAAUAAACUGCUUAAAAAUCUCAUCCAACUUUGAUACAAAGUUUGUACAAUUGACUGACAUUUUUUCUCUAGAGUUGAAUUGUAUUAAGACACCUUAUGACUAGAUAAUUGCAACAAGACUUUCACUAAUUGGAGUCCUUUAUGAGCUGUGUAUUUUUCAGAAGUUGUGACUCGGAUGUAAAUUUAUACGAGAAGGUUCUAAUUAUUUCAGUUCCAUUUCUACUUUCACUUUAACCUAGGUUUCUAUCAAUGUUACAAAGGUGUCUCGGUCUCGAGUCACCUAGCUAGGAAGUCAGCACUGCCAGUAGAGAUGAUAAAAAUUCAUGUUCAUGAGAACAUGUGCAUUCGAAAUGUUUUGUGGUAUUUUCUGUAUGUAAUUUUUUAAAGAUUCACAUAAAUGACAAAUACAUGUACUUAUUUUUUUUGAAAAAGUGAAUCUCUCAACUUAACUUCAUUUAAUCAUCAAAUACUUUGAUUCAUUUUAGUUGUCAAUUGGAUAAUGAUUCCUCCUUUUAUAUUGAGUGUUUAACCAAGAAGUGGUAGUAAUAUGAACUAAUGUUAGGUCAUUUCAAGGUGAAAAUAUUCCUAGUCCAUGGAUAACAAAAUAAAUUAUAUAGUAUUUGGGUGUUUGAAGACCAAGGCUGUAUUUUGUGUCCUAGAAAAUAAGAUUGACAUGAGAUGAGGUUAUUUUUUAAAUAUAUUUAUUAUUUGAAAAGAAGUAUUUUUCAAUGGAAUUGUCCCAUUUUUAUCAAAAUGUACAUAUCAAAUUGAAUUUGUCUACUGCAGAGUAUUGUGAUGGUGUAGAUUUCCGUCCUCCAUUAUAUAUAUUGGAACCAGAGCUGGUAGUUGACAUGUGUGAUGUAUAUAUUCCAAUUCACAUGCAAUUACAUGUGACUUUGUACAUUUAUAGAUAUACUUAAUUUAUAUAAAAUAUGUGUUUUUAUGACAUUUUUAACUGGAAUAGCCCUGAUACAAAUGUUAAUGAUUUUGAUUCUUUGUUUAAUAUACAUAUCACUUUCCAAAUGUCUGGAAAGUUCAUUGUGUGCGUGAAAGUAGGGGUUUAGAGACACAAGAACAAUUUAAAUUUUAAUAGGUAGAUCUGAAGCCAUUCUGGUAGCCUAGUGCUUUAAGUGUUAAGUUAUAAAAACAAAAGUUCUCUUUGUCGUCGUCAUAUUUCGUAUCAAAGAGAUAUCAAUAAUUUGAAAGUAAUCAUAAUAAGAAAAAGAACCCAGACAAUGAAACUUGGAUGCCAGAAAUCGGAGAUUUGUCAUACAAUCUCAUCCUAAAUACGCUGCAGCUCCUUGAACCUAACUUCCUUUUGCAGCUGUUUUAUUCACCAAUUGAAUCUGACAUGAAAUCCUCAAGAUAUGGACAUUUACCUCAGAAGACUGAGAAAAACUUCUGUGUUUGAAUCCAUAUGAAAUACUUGUUCCAAUCAAGUGUUAAAUAUGCCACAUUUGCUUUCAAAUUUUACUGUCAUAUCUCCUACUAUGGAACUGUGUUGUCAAAAAUAAAUUUCCUGUAUGCUAAUCAUGUAUAUGUAAGAGAUGAA